AUGGCUCCAGUUCCUGUUCCUAUGGAGAAACUUAACCUCCAUUACUUCCCUGGUUCUAAGAUUCCUGAUUGGCUUGCGCUUGAAGUUGUUGGAAAAGUUGCAGAUGGAUUGAAGUUGUUUCCAGGCCUGACCUACUUGGAGAUAGUCAAGUGUCCUAAACUCAUUUGCAUCCCAUGUGAUGAGAAUGGUGUAAAAAAAUGA